AUGCCUCCCAAGUUCGAUCCCUCCGAGGUUAAGGUCAUCCACCUCCGUGCGACCGGUGGUGAAGUCGGUGCCUCCUCCGCCCUCGCCCCCAAGAUCGGUCCUCUCGGUCUCUCGCCCAAGAAGGUCGGUGAAGAUAUCGCCAAGGCCACCGGUGACUGGAAGGGUCUGCGCGUCACCGUCAAGUUGACCAUCCAGAACCGUCAGGCCGCCGUCUCCGUCGUUCCCUCCGCCUCUUCCCUCGUCAUCAAGGCCCUUAAGGAGCCUCCCAGGGACCGCAAGAAGGAGAAGAACAUCAAGCACACCAAGUCCAUCCCUCUCGAUGAGAUCAUCGCCAUCGCCAAGACCAUGCGCUUCAAGUCCAUGGCCAAGGACCUGAAGGGUACCGUUCUCGAGAUCCUCGGAACUGCUUUCUCCACCGGUUGCCAGGUUGACGGCCGCAGCCCCAAGGCUGUCUCCGACGACAUCAGGUCCGGCGAGAUCGAGAUCCCCGAUGAGGAGUAAAUGUUUGCACAUCGGUGAAAUGAUGCAUAACAGACAUGAUCGGAUGAUUUACGCCAUAGAAGGUUUACAUAGCUGAAUGAGCAGUACGUCUCCAACACAGAGCUCCAGUUUUCGACUGGUGGGACAAGCCCAGGUGCGGCGUUUGAGGUGUCUGAUAUAAAAGUGACCUUGGCAUAAGGCAAUGAGAUACCCAUUUGAUCGACUC